UUUUUUUUGGACUGAGUCGUCCCCAACACAACAUCAAGAAUGGGUGCUCCUCUUCGCCGCCUGCUCUGCGGCCUCACAUUUCUUCAGGCUCUCGUGGCAGCUUCCCCUCUGCCACAGGGCGUUCCUCGUUACUUCCGGAGGGAACCCUGUUCACCCCACGCACUCUUACUACGGCAGCUCCAGCAGGACCUGGCAGACGACUUGUCCGACGGUUCCCUCAUAUUCGGUCCCUCCAACCCCGCGUGGGAUGAGACCAUCGAAAGAUGGCAGAUGUUGUCCAGGCCUGAAAUCCAGGUCGUGGUGCAGCCCGCAGAAGAGUCGGACAUUUCCAAGAUUGUCGAGUACUGCAGCGACAACAGCAUCGAUUUCCUGGCCGUCAACCGUGGACAUGGCUUCACCGCGUCCCUGGGUAGCUUCAAGGGGGUUCAGAUCGACAUGAAACAGCUGACUGGCCUCACCAUCGCAGAGGAUGGAAAGUCAGCCUUGUUUCAAGGUGGAUCGCAUGCCAAGGAAGUCAUCAAGACGCUCUGGGAUCAAGGCUACGUUACGACUACGGGAUCGAAUGAGUGCGUUGGUCUCACAGGGCCUGCCCUGGGUGGCGGUCACGGACGCUUCGAGGGUCUUUACGGCUUGAUCAGCGACAAUAUCCUUCACUUGAACGUUGUCUUGGCCGAUGGCUCGGAAAUCGGGGUGAACGAGACGAGCCACGAGGAGCUGUUUUGGGCUAUGCAAGGUGCUGGUCACAAUUUCGGCAUUGUGACCAGUAUGCGACUCAAGAUUUACCCAGCCCAGUCAGCCACUUGGCACUGGCACAACUAUUACUGGACGGAAGACAAGCUCGAGGCCGUAUUUGAGGCGUGGAACGGUCUUCUAGACAACGGUAACGGGCCCGUCCUCAUGGGCUCCAGCUACGGUCAAAUCUCCUUCUUUCCAGAUCUCAACGAGUACGAUCCCCUCCUUUGGUGGACCUUCGCCUACAAUGGCCCGGCCGACGAAGCCGAGGAAUUCCUGGCCCCCUUCAACGCGAUCGAGUCCAUCUCGGACGAAAUGGGCGACGUCCCUUAUCCCGAGAUUGUUGAUCCUCAGGAUACCGGCGAGGCUUCUUGUGGUUCCGGCCAGUUCGCCUUUGCCACGGUCCUCCUCCAGACCUACAAUGUGACGACGGAGCGUGAACUAUACAACCACUUCAACGAGACCGCUGCGCGAUAUCCCGAACUCGCGACCGUUGCCCGUCUUUAUCACCAAGGGUAUGCGACAAAAGCGAUUCGGGAGAUUGAUUACGACUCGACCGCCUAUCCCCACCGCGACGAAAUACUGUUGGCUCUCUUCUUGACUCUGGUUCCGGAUGGAGCAGACGAAGAGAUGACGGAGGCCGCCUGGACGUGGGCCAAGGAGUCUUGGGCCCUCUGGCAGUCUGGUCAGCCUGGUCGCGAGCCGGCGACGUAUGUCAACUAUGCCACUGGCUACGAUUUCGAGACUCUCGAGGGUAUUUACGGACGUGAGCCAUGGCGUCUUGAGAAAUUGCUUCGGCUGAAGGCUGAGUACGACCCGAACAAUCGCUUCCGGUUCUACGUGCCUUUGGUCUCGUCGUGAGCCUUGCAAGAGUCGUACGGUCAGGAUCAAGUCCCCUUGCCCUUGCUUUUGAAUGUUUGAUGUUUCUUUUGAAACACCAAUUUCUACUGCUUCUCGAUUUUGUUAGUCAAAGGUGUAUGUGUGUAGAUAGACUUGUACUGUCUUCAGUAUUUAGCUUAGAUGGAUGUUAGUAGCCGGAUUUCGACAAUGAGGCAUGGAUCCCCAGAGACAUAGUACUGACUAGCUGUCACAUACUGUCACUUGUAACG